GAGAGUCCGCGAUUGACUCGCGACGCCCGCCCGCCGCUGCCGCCCCAACUCCCGCGCCGCGCCCACAUUACAAGCGCAUUAUCUAAAUUAAAAUAACAUAAAAUUGACCGGUUACGAGGAUGGCUGCAGGGGACGUGACGCGGCGGGCAUCCAUCACUGCUCCUUCCAUGCAUCGGCGGCCAUCAGCGCGCCGAGGCUCUCUUAUUAAGAACCCACAGUCCCAAUCUCAGGAGGUGCCAUGGGACAUCAUCGACCGCUGCGCGUUGCCAAUUGUCCUGUGCCACGCUCUAGCUGUGGUGCUCUCCACUUUACUGAAUGCUUUACACCUCAGCCAAAUAUCUGUCUUCACAUUAUUCUUAUGGUUUGCCAUAUCUGUUACUGGAUCACUGUGGUUUUACCAUAAUCUACAGGUAACAGCGGCCGGAAAAGCUGUACUAGUGACUGGCUGCGACAAUGUCCUUGGAAACGCAUUGGCACGUAGACUUGAUGACCUGGGAUACCAUGUGUUUGCUGGGUUUCAAAACAAAGCAGGCAAUAUAGACGCUGAUAUGUUAAAAGAAGACUGCUCAGGAAGACUGCAUACAAUUCAACUCGACUGCACUUCGGAAACACAAAUUCUCUCAGCUUCCCUGUACAUUGUCGACCAUUUACCAGAGGGCGCUCAAGGUCUAUGGGCUAUCGUAAACUGUGAAUCGUGGUGUGCUCUUGGAGAAUUAGAAUGGGUUCCGUUCUCAGUCGUAAAGCGAGCAAUGGAUGUAAACCUACUUGGUCCAGCUAGAUUGGUACAAGUGAUGCUUCCGUUGGUGCGACGCGCUCGUGGCCGUGUAGUGCUAGCAUCAUCAAUAUUGACACACGUGGCUGCACCAGUUCGCGGUGUGCAUGCUGCUUCCCUUGCUGCGCUCGACGCACUUGCCGCUUGCUUACGCCGCGAACUGAAACCACGCGGAGUGGAUGUCGUAGUAGUAGCCGCUGGUGAAUAUACCACAGGGAGUGCCUGGCUUUCCGAAGAAAAACUUUUAGAACAAGCCCGUGAUAUGUGGAAAAGACUGAGUGAUGAACAGAAAGGAGCCUAUGGCGAAGACUACUUUGAACAGGCGCUUCGUAGCCUCGAGAAAUAUACCAAAAGCGCCGACGCAGACCUGACAGCUGUGACCCGCUCCCUGAGCGAUGGCGUUACGCGAACUUUUCCGCUGGCUCGCUACACACCGGUUUCACCAAGAGAGAAACUAAAGUCCCUGCUAGCCGAACACCUGCCACGCUCCCUCUACGAAGGACUAUAUACUGACUAAAGUGAAAAAACUUACAUUAACGCUUAGAAAAAUUCAUAAUAGCAUUGUUAAUGUGCGAACCGAAUAAUUAUGUUUAAAAUAAUUUAUUUUAUCUACAGAUUCUAUAUAUCUUGGACCCAUAUAUACUCGUAUCUCUAAAAGAAUAUUAAAGUAUAAUAAAUUAUUUGAUAUAGCUACAUAUAUUAAAAUACAAAAAUAAUGUCCGUCUAGGCCAUUUCACAUAUACUCCAUACUUUUAUAAGUACAUUAUAUUAUAUAAAUGAUUAUAUCGCCCACAUCAGUAAUUCAAUUAUUAAUUUAUGAAACAAUGUACCUAACCACUUGCCAAAUGAGGGCCUGGUCAUUUGGCUCAAAGUAGUUAUGGUUCCCACACAAGCUCACGCUGCUAUGAAAGCUUUUAAGUUUAUACAAGUUUCUUGAUCAGUUAGGUGACCUCCUUCAUACCUAAACACGAUUUCAUAAUAGUUAAUAAAAUGAUGUAACUACUCACAGUAUGUUUAUAUACAUGGAUAAACUUAUCUAAAAGAAGAUAGCUUUCAACUUAAACCCCUACACUACGCUUGACCCUUUUUGUGAAUGAGGAUCGUCGUCUAAAGCUAUUAUCUUGAUUUAUAAAUGCUACUCUCCAGUCGGAUUCAUAAUAUGAAAAUGAAUGUUAACUAUGUACUAAUUGUAAUCAGAAUCCAUGUUAAUGAAUCGUGGUAAUUUUAAUAGUAAUGUCUUAUUGCUAAAGGUCAUCAUAAGCUUGUGCUUUUCCUGUAUCUUUGUAUUGUAUUAUUUACCUGAUAGCAUUAAUGUUUAAAUUAUCCUAAAACGUGAUAAAUAAGGGUAUUUUAUUGGUUAUCUUAAUAUUUAGGUACCGUCUCCCUAAAUAAAUAUGGACAAUUUUUUCUGUACUAAUUAUCGGUUGUCGCUCAAUUAAGUCUGUCAGCCACACGCUUGCACAAAAUCCAUUUUCGCAUUUAAUAAAAAAUAAAAAUAUAAAUAUUGGCUUUUCUGUUUAUUAUAAUUUGUUUGUUAUUUAGCAUUUUAAGAUGCAUAUAAUUUAAAUAGAUAGUUCGUAAUGUUAGUGUUAGAUAAUCUACAAUACUAUAUAUUCGGUAUUUACAACCCUAAUAACUACCUAUAAAAGAGCGUACUUAUAUAGAAAAAUAUUCUGUUAUGUACGCCUGUACCUGUAGUGAGUAAGCUUGCUAGUAGGUUGGUACCGUACUUACUGCACUAAAAGUAUAUAAUUUUUUCUACUAUAUGUUACCUUCUCUCAUGUUAUUUAUUAAAGUGUCGUUUACGUUCAUGUGAAUUGUAGGAGGUGUUUGUAUUGUAAAUGUAUGAAGUAUGUAUGUAGAGAAUACACCAUAGCAUCCUGACUGUACCUAAAAUUCUACAAUGUUAGAUUUUUUUAAGUGCAUUUAAGUAUGACAAUCUAACUAAAUUAAAAUUUUGUUAGAUUAGUAGUAUUAUAUAUUUUUCUGCAGUGUGUAAUGUAAUUUCAUGCCAUGUGUUUCUUUUAAUAAAUUUU